CAUUCUCAGAGAACCCCCCCCCCCCUUCUAAGUCAGCUGUGCCAUUACUAAGCCAGCCAAAAGAAAAUAGCUAUUUGAAGGUUUACAUUAUGGAUAAGAAUGCUACUCGAUACAAUGUACAGCUAUAUAUUUAUGAUCUAUCGAGAGGAAUGGCCCGCAACCUUAGUCCUAUCAUGUUGGGAAAGCAACUGGAUGGUAUAUGGCACACAGCUAUAGUGGCAUACGGCGAUGAGUUCUUCUUUGGAGGGGAGGGGAUCUCCAGCUGUUCCCCAGGUGGAACAAUGCUGGGUUCUCCAGAUACAGUGGUAGAGCUGGGCGAGACUGAAGUGUCUGAUGAGAUCUUCAUGGAAUACCUCUCUUCCCUGGGAGAAAGCACAUACAGAGGUGACAGGUAUCGUCUGUUCGAGCACAACUGCAACACCUUCACCAACGAGGUGGCUCAGUUCCUGACAGGCAGGUCCAUCCCGUCCUACAUCACCGACCUUCCAUCGGAAAUCCUCUCCACACCGUUUGGCCAGAUACUGCGGCCCAUUCUCGACUCUAUCCACAUCGCCCCUCCAGGAGGUAACGUCAUCAACAGGGGGGGGAACGUGUGACCAGAGAGAGAAGCAAAGUCACCGAGUGCUCACAAGGUCACUUUUAUUGUAGUCAGUCAGUCAAACUUGCUUUCUGUUUUCUUUCUUUCUGUAAAUAAGUAUCACACUAGCAUUGAAGCUAAUGGCCAUUUUGCAAGCGAAUAACUUUUAUGAUUUACAUAUACUGCAAUGGUCUCCUUAAAAACCUGGUUGGAUCAUGAAUACUACGGG